AAUAAAAUAAAAUGCCCUCAACUCAUUUCAGGGCCAUAUUAAAAAAAAAAACUCAUUUCAGUGCCCUUCUUCUUCUUGUCUGCUUUCUCCGUCAAUGGCUAGCGGCGGUCAGCAGUCCGCGCCACCGUACAAACCAUACCGACUCCUCAAGACCCUGAGAGGUCACUCACGCGCCGUCUCCUGCGUCAAAUUCUCCAACGACGGCAACCUCCUGGCCUCCGCUUCCCUCGACAAAACCGUGAUCCUCUGGUCCGCUUCCAACUUCACGCUCCACGAGCGCCUCGCCGGCCACUCCGAGGGCAUCUCCGACAUCGCCUGGUCCUCCGAUUCCCACUACAUCUGCUCCGCCUCCGACGACCGCACCAUCCGCAUCUGGGACGCACGCGCCCCCUUUGACUGCCUGAAAAUCCUCAGGGGCCACUCCGACUACGUCUUCUGCGUCAAUUUCAACCCCCAAUCCAAUCUCAUCGCCUCCGGCUCCUUCGACGAGACCAUUCGCAUCUGGGAGGUCACUACCGGGAAAUGUGCCCAGGUCAUCAAAGCUCAUACGCAGCCCGUCACCGCUGUGCACUUCAAUCGGGAUGGCUCUUUGAUCGUUUCGGGGAGUCGUGAUGGGACUUGCAAGAUUUGGGAGGCCGCCACUGGUACUUGCCUGAAGACCCUUAUCUCCGAUCGGCCCGCCGUGUCUUUUGCCAAGUUCUCUCCCAACGGAAAGUUCAUUCUCGCCGCCACUCUCGACAGCACUCUCAAGCUAUGGAAUUAUUCAGCGGGGAAGUUCCUGAAGAUUUACACAGGUCACACGAACAAGGUCUACUGCAUUAGCUCUACAUUUUCAGUGACGAAUGGGAAGUAUAUAGUUAGUGGUUCGGAGGAUAAGUGUGUAUACUUGUGGGAUCUCCAGCAGAAGACCUUGAUCCAGAAACUGGAAGGCCAUUCUGACACGGUCAUUUCUGUGAGCUGUCACCCCAUUGCCAAUGUAAUAGCCUCAGCAGCCCUCGAUGGAGAUAGAAGCAUAAAAAUUUGGGUCCAGGACCGAUAAAGAGCAUCAAAUUUUGGGUACACAGGAUCGCACAAGUAUACACACUAUCCUCCGAACCAUUAACUGUUGUAGGCAUCAAUGGGAAAUGUACCGAUAACUCGCAACAUGCCAUAGGUGGAAGCUGUAAAACGAUUACAAGACAGAAACCAUUAAAUAAGAUCUACCCAGCAGCCCAAACUAGUUGAGUAUUUCAGAGCUGAUUUGUGUCCCACUGUGAUCUUAAUGUACUAUGUUAGAGUGGGGGAACACUUUGACUUCAGUAUGGGAAAGGGUGAGAUGCAUUUGCCUUGUGAAUAGGUCAUAUAAUCCUCUCCCCUGUUGUUUUAUUUUUGCUCUGUAACUCUUUUAUCAUCGUAAAUUCCUAAUAUAAUAAGUUCACCAUU